ACGAAGGAGCAGGCUGAUACACUAUCUCCGCUCCUGCAGUUGUAUUCAUUCCCCGGCCGAACACAAGAGCUAUAUAUCGUGAAGGAACUCCAACAUGAUGCUCACACGUCGCUGUCGCAGACUGUCCUGAACAGAACCCUCACUCUUUUCUACACACAUUCGUUUCUUGUUUUCAGUUCCCCUUCCAUUCUUUUUUUUGUUGCGCCCAAGAUGGCAGCACGUUGCAUUCUUUCCACUCUCGCUUUAGCGUUGAGUUUGACUGGUUCACAAGCUCAGACGACGGCUGUACCGUACACAGACGAAGCUACCGGCAUCACAUUCUCUCAAGUCACUGAAUCAAACGGGUUCACUUACGGUUUUGCAUUGCCGCAGAAGGGCAAUGAUUUCAUCGGUAGAAUCGAGGCUCCUGUAGCCCCCGGUUGGGCAGGCUUCUCCAUGUCCUCUGGAAUGACCAGUGGUCUCUUGGUAGUUGCUUGGCCAAAUGGUGACAAUGUAGUUGGAUCUCUACGCAAGGCCACCGACUAUGCUUCACCACCAGUCUAUACAGGCUCUUCUACCCUUCAGACCAUCUCCGCAGGUACCAAAGUGAACUCUACCGCCUUUACCUACACUUUCCUCUGCCAGAAUUGCACCAACAUCGGCGACCUCUCAUUCGGAGAUGAAUCAGAAAUCGUUCCACUUGGGUGGGCAAUGUCGACCAAGGCAGUCACGACACCAGGAAGUCCAUCUAGUGCAACUAGCUCUCAUAUUGGCUCUGGAGGUCAGGGUAUAACUGCCAUUAACAUGGCUGAUGCUCGCUCGGAUGACUUCGAGAAAUGGGCCGCCCUCGCUGGCAACUCUACCGCUCCUCCUACGGGGGGCAACUCUACUAUUCCUCCUCCCACAGGUGGAAACUCCACGACACCACCCGUGUUCAAUGGCACCGUCUCUGUGUCGAACACUACCUAUGAUUAUAUCGUGGUCGGUGGUGGGCCAUCAGGUCUCAUCACCGCCCAAAGACUUGUGGAGACGGGCAAGUCGGUGAUGCUUCUCGAACGCGGCAAGGCUUCAUACUAUGCUUCUGGUGGUGACUUGACCGUCCCUUGGAACGACACCCUGACGAUCUAUGAAGCCCCCUACUUCUACAAUUACCUCGCCAGUUUCCCUGGAAACGAUGCUUACUGCGAUGAUGUCCCGACUAUGGCUGGCUGCAUUCUAGGUGGCGGCACAGCUGUCAAUGGGCUCGCGUUCAUCCGCCCUCCGAGCUUUGAUUUUGGCAACAGAUGGCCCGUGGGCUGGCGAUGGGCCGACGUCGAAGCUUCCGCCGAGCGACACUACGCUCGCAAUCCAGGAACUACACACCCCUCGGCUGACGGAAAGUUCUAUGACUACGCAGUGUACGAUGUUCUAUCCAAGGCUCUCGCAGGUGCUGGUUGGGACUAUGCCGACUCCAACGAAUUCCCGGAUAACAAAGAGAAGAGCUACGGCCAGGCUGCAAUUAACGUGCUCAAUGGACGCCGCGCUGGCCCUGUUGCAACCUACCUCCCACUUAUGCAAGGCAAAUCCAACUUCAAGCUUCUCCUUGAAACUAUGGUCCUCCGUGCAGUCCGCACAGGUUCGACCAUCACUGGCGUUGAAACUCAAGACAAGGCCGGGCAGCGCACAAUUUACAAUGUCAAGCCUGGCGGCAAAGUAAUUCUUGCUGCGGGUGCUAUGUCCUCUCCACGCAUCCUCUUCCGUUCAGGAAUCGGCCCUAAAGAUCAGAUAGACAUCGUGAAGGCUGGGGUUGUCCCCAUUACUCUCCCAGACGAGAGUGCCUGGAUUGAUUCACCUGUUGGCUUCGUUCGCGACCAUACCACUCUCUCCACUAAAUUCAACGUUACGGCCGGAAUGUCGAUAAUGACCGCCGAGGAAUAUCUCAAUCCCUCGCAAGCUAACAUCGACCUCUACGAACAGCACGCUUCUGGGCCACUGACUGCCUCGUCCAUUAUGCGCCUCAACACUUUCCGCACAAUCACGACAUCGGACGGCACUAGCCUCAUCGUACAAACUCACAACUAUGCCACGCAGAACAACACAAUCAACACUCUGUUUAUCCUUACCCACAACACUACAUCGGUGGGUAAACUCGGCAUCACUCCCGAGGGAAACACGAUCUGGUCCGAAUCGCCAUACCUCACUACUGCUACCGACCGUGAGGCAAUGGCAAUGGCUAUCGAUGAGUGGCUCGUCAUGUCACGUCAACCUAACUCGACAAUCACGUACAACGGUCCUGCAAACAUCACUGGCGCAGAGAUCGUAGACACUGUUCCAACCGGAGCGGGCGUGCACAUGACCGGCACCACCAUCAUGGGAACAGACCCUCAAGAUAGCGUUGUCGAUGUUAACUGCAAAGUAUGGGGCACCGACAAUCUGUUCAUCGUUGAUGCCGGGAUGCACGCUGACCUCCCAACCGGUAACACACAAGCCAUCGUCGGUGUAGCAGCAGAGCACGCCGUUGAGAAAAUCAUUGCACUGGGUGUUGGUGGAGGAAACUCCACGCUCCCGAUAACCCCGUCCAACCCUUCGAACUCAACUAUUCCGGCUCCAUCAUCGGGUUCCACUGCUCUGCCUCCCGCUUCUACCCUCGCACCUCCCGCGAACCCGUCUUCAAUCUCCUCUUUCAGCACCAAGCCUGCGCCUACUUCAACGCCCCCUGCCUCCCCAUCCUCCAGCGCGUCAUCUGAACCCAUUGCCACCGCCGCACCACCCAGCGAUGGAGGAGAAGGCGGUAAUGUCGAAGUCGUCAAACAAUGGAAUCAGUGCGGUGGCCGGGACUACAAAGGUGCUACUAAGUGUGCUGAGGGUCUGAUGUGCAAAGAGUGGAAUCCCUGGUACAGUCAAUGUAUCGCUGCCUAA